AUGGUGAAUUCCCAGAGUUCAGGACCCCUCUACCCAAUAUCUGGAAAUACAAGUUCUCGGUCAGAUGAUGGAAGUUCUCCUUUAAUAACCUUGCAACGAUCUUUUGUAUAUUUUGGGAGGACGUAUAAAACGAUUUAUGUCAACCAGAAUGGACAUGUGACAUUUGACAGGGCAUGGGGAAGGUUCAUACCUCAAAUAUUUCCAAUACAUGGAUCCAUAGACAUCAUAGCUCCAUUCUGGACAGAUUUGGACAACAGAGAAACUGGUCAAGUCUACUACAACCAAUACACCAGCGGCAGCGUCCUCCAACAAGCUACACGAGACAUUAAUGAUUACUUCCCAAGACUGUACUUUAAUGCCGCCUGGGUCUUUGUUGCCACAUGGUAUGAGGUCGCCUACUUUCCAAAUUCAGGAACACAAACAACUUUCCAAGCAGUCUUGAUCUCUGGUGGCCAGUACUCAUUUGUGCUGAUGAACUAUGGGAUAAUAGCCCCCACGACUCGCAGUGUUCAGGCUGGCUAUGACACAGUCAACUCCACUCACUAUUUCAUCAUACCUGGAUCCUUCUCCAGCACUGCAACAGGCAGUAACUCAAAUUUCCGCCUGAGCAGCAAUGUCAAUGUGCCCGGUCGCUGGGCCUUCCGGACAGACCAUGGGCCAACAGGCUGCACUUUUAAUGGUGAACCUGUGCAGUUGGGUGACUCAUUCUGGAGCGACAGUACAUGUGCACUAAAGUGCACCUGCACCUCAGAAGGACUUCAGUGUCAGAGCCAACCCUGCUCCUUUUCUCAAAUCUGCCGGCCAAGUGCCUUUCAGUUCUCCUGCCAGACAGUGCAGAGAAGCACCUGCACCAUAAGUGGUGAUCCACAUUACUAUACCUUCGAUGGUAAAGUGUUUCACUUUCAGGGCGCCUGCACUUACGUUCUCUCUGAGCAAUGUGGUCGAGGGUUGCCCUACUAUAGAAUAGAGGGCAAGAAUGAACACCGGGGCAGCACUAGAGUCUCUUGGAUGCGACUGGUCAAAGUGUAUGUCUAUAAUAAAACCAUUGAGCUUGUCAAGGGACGUCGUGGUGAGGUUAAGGUUAAUGAAAACUUUGCAGCCACUCCAAUCUAUCUCAACAACGGCACCGUCCAGGUUUAUCAGUCAGGUUUUUCUACUAUCAUCAGUACUGACUUUGGCUUGGAGGUGUCAUAUGACACAGAUCAUUUUGUCCGGAUCAGUGUGCCUUACACUUACCAGAAUGCAACAUGUGGCCUGUGUGGAAACUUCAACAAUGAUCCUAGGGACGACUUUCGAACCCGCCAAGGCGAGGUUGUGCGCUCUGAUGUGGCUUUUGCCAACAGCUGGCAAGCAGCAGGGGAUGAUGAGCCUGGUUGUGAGGCACAGUGUGAAGGUCUGGACUGUGCUGCCUGCACUGCGGCUCAGACAGCUUUAUACAGCAAUACUGCUCAUUGUGGUAUCCUCCAGAGCAGUUCAGGUCCUUUUGCUGCUUGCCAUCAAAGACUUCCCCCACAGACCUUUCUGGACAACUGUGUGUACGAUCUGUGUGUAGGAGGAGGGUACCAGCCCAUUCUGUGCCAAUCCCUAAACGUGUACGCAAGUCUGUGUCAACAGAAUGGUAUAAAGCUACCAAGCUGGAGGAGACAAGGCUUCUGUGAAAUCCCCUGCCCAGCCAACAGCCACUUUGAGUCCCAAGGCACAGGAUGUCCAGCUACCUGUGUCAGUCCCAAUUCUACCCACAACUGCCCUCUCCCUGUCCAGGAGAGCUGCAUCUGCAACUCAGGCUACAUCCUCAGUGCUGGGGUCUGCGUCCCUCUUUCUGACUGUGGCUGCAGCUUUGAGGGUCGCUACUACCGCUCUGGAGAAACUGUAAUACUAGACACAGACUGUGGGAGACGUUGUAACUGCAAUUUUGGCUCCAUGACUUGCAGCUCCCAUGCUUGUGGUCCACUUGAAUCAUGCAGAGUGGAGGAGGGAGAAAGAGGAUGCAGACCAAACAGCUAUGCAACAUGCUGGAAAAGUGGCCCGGGGUCCUAUCAAACGUUUGAUGGACUGACAUACCAGUAUCCUGGAGCGUGUCGACUGACUCUUGCCAAAGUGAUGGGAUUGUCUAAUUACAUCCACUUUGUGGUGACAGCAGAGAAAGAGCCCAGUGGCCAACAGGAUUUUGCCAAUAUGCUUAAGUUUGAGGCAGAGGGCACACAAGUGUCCAUUGAGAUGGCAAGUACCAGCAGAGUACAGGUUGACAGUCAGGUCAUCAGACUACCUUACAGUUCAGCGUCCAACAGAAUCCAAAUCUACCACAGCAGCGUUCACAGUAUCAUCCUUCGCACCUCCUUUGGUGUAACUGUGCAGACGGUCUGGCCUCACUUUGUGCGUGUCACUGCACCUGGUGUCUACUAUGGCUCACUAGGUGGACUGUGUGGUAAUUACAAUGGUCACCCACAUGACGAUUUCCACACACCCAGUGGCAUCCUGGUCAACAGCUCUCAGGAGUUUGGGGAUAGCUGGCGUGAUGGCUCGCUCGCUGCUCAAUGCGUAGAAAGUGUGAAUCAUAACAAUUCUACAACAAAUUACAGUUCAAGUGGGUACUGUGGCAUUCUUGGCUCACCUCUUGGGCCAUUUGCCCAGUGUUGGGCCAUGGUGGACCCACGCCAACAUGUGGAUGCAUGUGUGGAGAUCAUUAGAGGCUCUAGAGAUCCAUCAUCAGCGCUUUGCGAGGUCCUACGAGAUUAUGCACUAAAGUGUCAAAAGAAGGGCGUUGCUCUAGGACACUGGAGGAAUACAAGUGGCUGUGCACCAAGCUGCCCUCUAAACAGCCAUUAUGAACUCUGUGGAACCUCUUGUCCUUCCGCCUGCCCCAGCCUCUCUUUCCCUUUCGUCUGUGACACUGUGUGCCAGGAUGGGUGCCAGUGUGAUGAUGGUUUUGUCCUCAAUGGCAACCAGUGUGUGCCUCCAACAUCCUGUGGAUGCUAUCACCAAGGACGCUAUCGGCAAGGUGGCGAACAGUUCUGGGAUGGUGAGGAAUGUCAGAGCUUGUGUAGCUGUAAUGGCACUACUGGGGCAGUCCACUGUAUCCCCAACUCUUGUGGUCCCCAGGAGUCCUGCCGUGUGGUGGGGGGUGAGUUUGGCUGUCAUCCAAACCCUCAGGGCACCUGCUCUGCCUCCGGAGACCCUCACUACCUCACAUUUGAUCACAAGGCCUAUGACUUCCAGGGAACCUGCCGUUAUGUUUUGGCAACCCUUUGUAACGCCACUGAUGGACUCCACCAAUUUUCAGUGGAAGCUAAGAAUGAGCCAUGGAGCGGGUUGCCAGUUUCAAUCACAGCUGAAAUUUUUGUGAAUGUGUGGGGCUACCAAGUGCAUAUGUCAAGGGAGAGUCACGGUGUGGUACAGGUGAACGGAGUAAACAGAAACUUGCCUAUUCUCUUAAAUGGAAGUCGUGUUUCCAUUUAUGCAAGUGGAUCUCACACAUUUGUCAGUGCUGAUUUUGGCCUGAGUGUCACUUAUGAUGGAUGGUAUACAGUGUCUAUCUCUCUACCUUCAAGAUACAGUGGAAAAACGUGUGGACUUUGUGGAAACUUCAAUGGAAAUCCAAAUGAUGAGUUCCACACCCCAUCUGGAAUGAUGGUCACCACUCCAGAUGAGUUUGGGAAAGCUUGGAAAGUGGCAGGCAACUACACCUGCAGUGAUGGGUGUGGUUCCUCCUGCCCACAAUGCACCAAUGAGCUGCCUGCGAGAGCCCAAUGUGAGGUGAUCCAGGCAGCCGACGGGCCCUUAAGCUUCUGCCAUGAGCAGGUGGACCCAGCGCCAUAUUUCAAGAGCUGUGUGUUUGAUGUUUGUGUCUCGGGAAAUUAUAUUCUAUGCCCGGCCAUCCAGGCCUACGUCAGUGCCUGUCAAUCUGCUAAUGUUCGAAUCUACCCUUGGAGACAGAACACCAACUGCAUACUAAACUGUCCAGUCAACAGCCAUUAUGAGCUGUGUGGUAGUGACUGUGGCCACACCUGUGUCAGCAGCUUUAAUGCCAGCUGUGGGGAGUUUUGUUCAGAAGGAUGUUUCUGUGACAAGGGCUUUGUCAAGAGUGGGAACAGAUGUGUCCCUGUGGAAAGAUGUGGCUGUCAAUAUCGUGGCUCCUACUACGAAGCUGGUGAGUCCCUCUGGACACAAGGUUGCUCCCAGAGAUGUGAGUGCCAUGCUCCAAAUGACCUGCGCUGUUCUCCUGCAUCUUGUACUCCUGGACAAAAGUGCACCAUUAAAAAUGGCCAGCUGGGCUGUUUUGAUGCAAUGUCUACUUGCACUGUGUGGGGGGACCCACACUACAUCACUUUUGAUGGGGCACUGGUUGAUUUCCAGGGCACAUGCUCUUACAUUAUUACUGAGAGUGUGAGCCACGGCACCAAUGAGGCCCAGUUUCAGGUAGUAGCCACCAAAAAUCACAGUGCCUACAACGGUGUGUCACUUGUGUCAGUGGAUAUAUACCUCUCAAAUCAGAGUGCACACAUCAGGAUUGGACCCAACAAAAGAGUAACGGUAAAUGGGCGUGAGGUGUCUCUUCCCACCGCUGCAGGAACCUUAGCUCAGGUAGUACAGCAGGGAAGCUAUAUUAUAGUCAAUGCCAUUGACUUGGUGGUCCAGUUUGAUGGUCAGAGUACGUUGCUGGUGAGAAUUGGCCCAAACCGUGAAAAUAGAGUCACCGGGAUGUGUGGAAACUUCAACCGUGACCCUGCAGAUGACAAAGUCUUGCCCAAUGGCACAUUGGCACAAAAUGAUAAUGACUUUGGACACAGCUGGAGGGCACUCACAAGCCAACCAGGAUGUGGAUCUACAGAUGAGCGAAUUGUCGUCUGUCCCUUUAUUGAAGAAUACUCUGAGCUCUGUAGUGUCAUCACCAACACCAGCGGUCCAUUCAGGGGCUGUCACCUGCACUCUGACCCCAGGCCAUUUUUCAGUUCCUGUGUCUACGAUCUCUGCCACUACACUCCAGCCAAUGGCAUGCUGUGUUCUGCUGUCUCAGCCUAUGAGAAAACCUGCUCUGUUUUGGGACUGAACAUCCCUGAGUGGCGCUCAGCUUUGCAAUGUGCUGACUCGGAUCCCUGUGAACAACUGAACUGUACAGAGUAUGAGUGGUGUGGUAAGAAAGAUGUUUACGGCUGCUUCUGUGAUGAACACUAUUCUCGGCCCAACAAUCAGAGCUACGACUCGUCAGUCACUUGUGUCAGUAGUUCAGGCACAAUAUCCCUGUCACGCUGCCAGCUGUUUGAAACUGGCUUCCAUCCUAGUGCCCUCCAUCUCCGAGAUCCCUCCUGUAAAGGGAUACUCCAGGACGGACGACUGGUGUUCCACUUUAACAAUGAUGACCAGCUGUGCGGGACAGUUCUCAGGAGCAAUGGGACCCACUUCACCUACGAGAACACCAUCAUGGGUGAUGAAGGCCUAAACAUUCACCUGGUCUUCGGCUGUGAAUACCCUCUGACCCAGGCCCUGUCUAUGGACCUAGGCAUCAACCCUGUAGAGAGCAUUAGAAAGAGGAAGCUUCCAUCUGGCCGGGGCCAUUAUCAUAUUAGAAUUAUCCCCUACCAGGACGCUGGCUUCCACUUCCCCCUGACCAGUGACAGGAACAUAGAAAUGGAAAUUGACCAGAGGUUGUAUGUGGAGGUGCGGACAGAAGGAGUCGAUGAGCGACAGAUCUCCACUGUUCUGGACUCUUGCUGGGCCACACCAGUCAACAAUGCCAGCUACCCUGUCCGCUGGGAUCUCAUUAUGACUAAGUGUCCUAAUCCAGAAGAUGAUACAGUAGAGCUGGUUCAGAAUGGCAAUUCCACUGUGGCCCGAUUCUCAUUCAAUAUUUUCACCUUUACCAAUUUUCCAUCCAUCUACCUACACUGCCAGGUCCACCUGUGUCUUCUGAGCCACAAGAACUGCAUAACUAAUUGCAAUUCCAGUCAGCACAGAGUUCAGAGGGACGUAUCCUACCAUGACAGUAUAAUGCUCUCACUUGGACCUCUGCCUCCUGUGCCUGGUCUAUACAGGGUGAAAAUUCCCCCCAAAAAAAGAAACCGCCUGAAGCCCAACACUGUGGAAAAGAGUCCAUCCUGGAAGUGGUACAAACUAAUGGACGAGGCACUGGGCCGGAGGCCCAGCAUUAUGCCUCUGGUCGUUAUUGACUUGUCCGACCAGGAUGUGGUGGUGGUCUCUCAUCCCUCACCCAGGGAACCCCAAUCUGAUGCUGAAACCAGCACAAAGAGAAAGAGACAGCCAGAGUGGGUGCAGAUCCUAAAACAAAGCCUUGAGGAAGAUGCUGCGCCACCGGGUAUUCAUCAUCCCAAUAGCCCUCUCCACCACACAUCUGGCUUUGGAGUGAUGUCAGUUGUACCUUGCCUGAACUGGUUUUUGCACCAGCUCACUGUACAUCAUCAUGCUGAAGGUUGCGGCGAGGCAUGGAUAACCUCCGUCCCCAAUGAUAAACCAACCAGGCGGCGGGUAGAGCUGCUGAACGUAAAUGGAGCUCAUCCGCAGGACGCGUGCAUCAUGGACUGCACCGGGACUGAGAGCUGCACUGACUUAAGUUCUUGUGGAUCAGAUGUCCCACCUGUUGCCAGAGAGCUGCAGAGACCUGGAACGCAUCUUCAGUGUGCUGGACGUCUAUAUCUGAUGGCAUGGACUGAUGUAUUCACCUUUACAUUUAGUUUGACUUUUGACUUCUGGAGAAUGGCAAGUAAAAUCAUGUUGCCAAUGCUGCUUUUGGGGAUGAUAAGUACGGUAACUCCUCAGACAUCAGGACCCCUGUACCCAAUUGCUGGAACAACAAGCUCUCAGUCAGACGAUGGAAGUUCUCCUCUAAUUCCCCUGCAACGAUCGUUUGUUUAUUUUGGACAGACGUAUAAUCAGAUUUAUGUGAACCACAAUGGACACUUGACCUUCAACAUGCCCUGGAGCAGCUUCAGCCCUCAGAGUUUUCCAUUAUAUGGAUCAAGAGACAUCAUUGCUCCAUUCUGGACAGAUCUAGACAACAGAGGAAAUGGUCAGAUUUACUACAACCAGUACAGCAGUGGCAGUGUUCUCCAACAAGCUACACAGGACAUUAAUGCGUACUUUCCAGGGUUGCACUUCAGUGCCAACUGGGUCUUUGUUGCAACAUGGUAUGAGGUGGCCUACUUUCCAACCACUGGAACACAAACAACUGUCCAAGCAGUUUUGAUCUCUGGCGGCCAGUACUCAUUUGUGCUGAUGAACUAUGGGAUAAUAGCCUCCACAACUCGCAGUGUACAGGCAGGAUAUGACACAAUCAAUUCCACUCACCAUUUCACCAUCCCUGGAUCAUUCACCAGCAGUGCAACAGGCAGUAACUCAAAUUUCCGCCUUGGCAGCAAUGUCAAUGUACCCGGUCGCUGGGCCUUCAGGACAGACCAUGGAUCAAGAGGCUGCACUUUCAAUGGUGAACCUGUGCAGUUGGGCGACUCAUUCUGGAGCGACAGUACCUGUGCACAGAAGUGCACCUGCACCUCAGCAGGCCUUCAGUGUCAGAGCCAACCCUGCUCCUUUUCCCAAAUCUGCCGACCAAGUGCCUUUCAGUUCUCCUGCCAGACAGUGCAGAGAAGCACCUGCACCAUAAGUGGUGAUCCACAUUACUAUACCUUUGAUGGUACAGUGUUUCACUUUCAGGGCACCUGCACUUACGUUCUCUCUGAGCAAUGUGGUCUAGGGCUGCCCUACUAUCGAGUAGAGGGCAAGAAUGAAAACCGGGGCAGCACUAGAGUCUCUUGGACACGACUGGUCAAAGUGUUUGUCUAUAAUGAAACCAUUGAGCUUGUCAAGGGACGUCGUGGUGAGGCUAAGGUUAAUGGAGACUUUGCAGCCACUCCGAUCUAUCUCAACAACGGCACUGCCCAGGUUUAUGAGUCAGGUUUUUCUACUAUCGUCAGUACCAACUUUGGCUUAGAGGUAUCCUACGAUGGCUACCAUUAUGUCCGGAUCAGUGUGCCUUACACUUACCAGAAUGCAACAUGUGGCCUGUGUGGAAACUUCAACAAUGAUCCUAGGGACGACUUUCAAACCCGCCAAGGCGAGGUUGUGAGCUCUGAUGUGGACUUUGCCAACAGUUGGCAAGCAGCAGGGGACGAUGAGCCUAAUUGUGGGGCCAGAUGUGUAGGUCUGCACUGUGCUGCCUGCACUGCAGCUCAGACAGUUUUAUACAGCAAUACUGCUCAUUGUGGUAUCCUCCAGAGCAGUUCAGGUCCUUUUGCUGCUUGCCAUCAAAGACUUCCCCCACAGACCUUUCUGGACAACUGUGUGUACGAUCUGUGUGUAGGAGAAGGGUACCAGCCCAUUCUGUGCCAAGCCCUUAAUGCUUAUGCAAGUCAGUGUCAACAGAAUGGUAUACAGCUGCCAAGCUGGAGGAGACCAGGCUUCUGUGAAAUCCCCUGCCCAGCCAACAGCCACUUUGAGUCCCAAGGCACAGGAUGUCCAGCUACCUGUGUCAGUCCCAAUUCUACCCACAACUGCCCUCUCCCUGUCCAGGAGAGCUGCAUCUGCAACUCAGGCUACAUCCUCAGUGCUGGGGUCUGCGUCCCUCUUUCUGACUGUGGCUGCAGCUUUGAGGGUCGCUACUACCGCUCUGGAGAAACUGUAAUACUAGACACAGACUGUGGGAGACGUUGUAACUGCAAUUUUGGCUCCAUGACUUGCAGCUCCCAUGCUUGUGGUGCACUUGAAUCUUGCAGAGUGGAGGAGGGAGAAAGAGGAUGCAGACCAAACAGCUAUGCAACAUGCUGGAAAAGUGGCCCGGGGUCCUAUCAAACGUUUGAUGGACUGACAUACCAGUAUCCUGGAGCGUGUCGACUGACUCUUGCCAAAGUAAUGGGAUUGUCUAAUUACACCCACUUUGUGGUGACAGCAGAGAAAGAGCCCAGUGGCCAACAGGGUUUUGCCAACCUGCUUAAGUUUGAGGCAGAGGGCACACAAGUGUCCAUUGAGAUGGCAAGUACCAGCAGAGUACAGGUUGAUGGUCAGGUCAUCAGACUACCUUUCAACUCAGCGUCCAACAGAAUCCAAAUCUACCACAGCAGCGUUCACAGUAUCAUCCUUCGCACCUCCUUUGGUGUAACUGUGCAGACAGUCUGGCCUCACUUUGUGCGUGUCACUGCACCUGGUGUCUACUAUGGCUCACUAGGUGGACUGUGUGGUAAUUACAAUGGUCACCCACAUGAUGAUUUCCGCACACCCAGUGGCAUCCUGGUCAACAGCGCUCAAGAGUUUGGGGACAGCUGGCGUGAUGGCUCGCUCGCUGCUCAAUGCGUAGAAAGUGUGAAUCAUAACAAUUCUACAACAAAUUACAGUUCAAGUGAGUACUGUGGCAUUCUUGGCUCACCUCUUGGGCCGUUUACCCAGUGUUGGGCCAUGGUGGACCCACACCAACAUGUGGAUGCAUGUGUGGAGAUCAUUAGAGGUUCUAGAGAUCCAUCAUCGUCGCUUUGCGAAGUCCUACGAGAUUAUGCACUAAAGUGUCAACAGAAGGGCGUUGCUCUCGGACACUGGAGGAAUGCAACUGGCUGUGCGCCAAGCUGCCCUCUAAACAGCCAUAAUGAACUCUGCGGAACCUCUUGUCCUUCCGCCUGCCCCAGCCUCUCUUUCCCUUUCGUCUGUGACACUGUGUGCCAGGAUGGGUGCCAGUGUGAUGAUGGUUUUGUCCUUAAUGGCAACCAGUGUGUGCCUCCAACAUCCUGUGGAUGCUAUCACCAAGGACGCUAUCGGCAAGGUGGCGAACAGUUCUGGGAUGGUGAGGAAUGUCAGAGCUUGUGUAGCUGUAAUGGCACUACUGGGGCAGUCCACUGUAUCCCCAACUCUUGUGGUCCCCAGGAGACCUGCCGUGUGGUGGGGGGUGAGUUUGGCUGUCAUCCAAACCCUCAGGGCACCUGCUCUGCCUCCGGAGACCCUCACUACCUCACAUUUGAUCACAAGGCCUAUGACUUCCAGGGAACCUGCCGUUAUGUUUUGGCGACCCUCUGUAACGCCACUGAUGGACUCCACCAAUUUUCAGUGGAAGCUAAGAAUGAGCCAUGGAGCGGGUUGCCAGUUUCAAUCACAGCUGAAGUUUUUGUGAAUGUGUGGGGCUACCAAUUGCAUAUGUCAAGGGAGAGAAAUGGAGUGGUAGAGGUAAAUGGAAUAACUAAAAACUUACCUAUUACCUUGAAUGGAGGUUCUGUGUCUGUCUAUGCAAGUGGAUCUCAGACAUUUGUCAGAGCUGAUUUUGGCCUGGGUGUCUCUUAUGAUGGAUGGAGUACAGUGUCUAUUUCUGUGCCUUCAAAUUACAGUGGAAAAACGUGUGGACUUUGUGGAAACUUCAAUGGAAAUGCAAAUGAUGAGUUCCACACCCCAUCUGGAAUGAUGGUCACCACUCCAGAUGAGUUUGGGCAAGCUUGGAAAGUGGCAGGCAACUACACUUGCAGUGAAGGGUGUGGCUCCUCCUGCCCGCAAUGCACCAAUGACCAACCUGCUAGAGCCCAAUGUGAGGUGAUUCAGGCAGCCAACGGCCCCUUCAGCUUCUGCCAUGAGCAGGUGGACCCGGCACCAUAUUUCAAUGACUGUGUUUUUGAUGUUUGUGUGUCGGGAAAUCGGGGCCAAGAACUUCUGUGCAGGGCCAUUCAGGCCUAUGUCAGUGCCUGUCAGUCUGCUAAUGUUCGCAUCUACCCUUGGAGACAGAACACCAACUGCAGACUAAACUGUCCAGCAAACAGCCAUUAUGAGCUGUGUGGUACUGACUGUGGCUACACCUGUAACAGCCGCAGCAAUGCCAGCUGUGAUCAGGUUUGCUCUGAGGGAUGUUUCUGUGAUGAAGGCUUCGUCAGGAGUGGGACAAGGUGUGUCCCUGAGGAAAGCUGUGGGUGCCAAUAUGAUGGUUUCUACUAUGAAGCUGGUGAGUCCUUCUGGACACAAGGUUGCUCCCAGAGAUGUGAGUGCCUUGCUCCAAAUGACCUGCGCUGUUCUGCUGCAUCUUGCACUCCUACACAGCAGUGCACCAUCAGAAAUGGCCAGCUGGGCUGUUUCGAUGCAAUGUCUACUUGCACUGUGUGGGGAGACCCACACUACAUCACCUUUGAUGGGGCACUGGCUGAUUUCCAGGGCACAUGCUCUUACAUUAUUACUGAGAGUGUGAGCCACGGCACCAAUGAGACCCAGUUUCAUGUAGUAGCCACCAAUAAUCACCGUGGCAACAACCGUGUGUCAUUUGUGUCAGCAGUGGAUAUAUACCUCUCAAAUCAACCAGAGAGUGCACACAUCAGGAUUGGACCCAACAAAAGAGUAACGAUAAAUGGAGUUGAGGUGUCUCUUCCCACCGCUGCAGGAACCUUAGCUCAGGUAGUACGGCAGGGAAGCUAUAUUAUAGUCAGUGCCAUUGAUUUGGUAGUCCAGUUUGAUGGUCAGAGUACAUUACUGGUGAGAAUCGGCCACAACCGUGAAAACAGAGUCACCGGGAUGUGUGGAAACUUCAACCAUGUCCCUGCAGAUGACAAAGUCUUGCCCAAUGGAACGUUGGCACAUAAUGAUUAUGACUUUGGACACAGCUGGAAGGCACCCACAAGCCAACCAGGAUGUGGAUCCACAGAUGAUGAGAGGAGUAAUGGACUGAAUAACUGUUCCUUUAUUGAAGAAUACUCUGAGCUCUGUAGUGUCAUCACCAACACCAGCGGCCCAUUCAGGGGCUGUCACCUGCACUCUGACCCCCGGCCAUUUUUCAGUUCCUGUGUCUACGAUCUCUGCCACUACACUCCAGCCAAUGGCAUGCUGUGUUCUGCUGUCUCAGCCUAUGAGAAAUCCUGCUCUGUUUUGGGACUGAACAUCCCUGAGUGGCGCUCAGCUUUGCAAUGUGCUGAGUCAGACCCCUGUGAACAGCUGAACUGCACAGAGUAUGAGUGGUGUGGUGAGAAGGACGGUGUGUACGGCUGCUUCUGUGAUGAACACCACCAUUGGCCCAAUAAUCAGAGCUACGACUCGUCCAUCACUUGUGUCAGUAGUUCAGGCACCAUGUCCGUGUCACGCUGCCAGCUGUUUGAAGCUGGCUUCUACUUGAGCGCCCUCCACCUCCGAGAUGACUCUUGCAAUGGGACUCUCCGGGACGGACGACUGGUGUUCCACUUUAACAACGACGACCAGCUGUGUGGGACAGUUCUCAGGAGCAAUGGAACUCAUUUCAUCUAUGAGAACACCAUCCAGGGCGAAGUGGACCUGCAUGAAGGUCAAAUCAGCCGCCAGAGGAGCAUUCUUCUGAGUUUCUGCUGUGAAUACCCUCUAGCCCAGGCCCUGUCUAUGGAUGUGGGCAUCAACCCUGUAGAGAGCAUUGUGAGGAAGAAGCUUCCAUCUGGCCAUGGACAGUAUCAUAUGAGAAUGAUCCCCUAUCAGGACGCUGGCUUCCGCUUCCCCCUGACCAGUGACAGGAAUAUAGAAAUGGAAAUUGACCAGAGGUUGUAUGUGGAGGUGCGGACAGAGGGUGUAGAUGAACGGCAGAUCUCCACCGUUCUAGACUCUUGCUGGGCCACACCAGUCAACAUCGCCAGCUACCCUGUCCGCUGGGAUCUCAUUAGUGCACAGUGUCCUAAUCAAGCAGAUGGUACAGUAGAGCUGGUUCAGAAUGGCAUCUCAACUGUGGCCCAAUUCUCCUUUAGGAUGUUCAGCUUUACCAACUUUACAUCCAUCUACCUGCACUGUCAGGUCCACCUGUGUCUUCUGAGACACAACAACUGCUCAGCUCAUUGCUACCCAGGUUACCACAGGCGAGUUGGGAGGGACAUUUCCUACCAUGACACUGCAGCCAUCUCACUAGGACCACUGGUCCUGACUCCAGAUAGCAGAGACAAACUGAUGAAAGUAAGCAGUGCUUCAGGACAGUUGAUCUCUGUGGUGACCCUGCUUGUUAGUUUGCUGACUGCCAAAGUUCUGACCUAAAGAGAUAGAAAAGGCACACAUACAGUAAACAGAUGAAUGUCCACAUAUUAUACCACAACAUAUUAAUCGGUCAGUGGAAGCUUAAUCACUUUGCCUAGAUGAUUAUUUGAAUGGCUAUUUUUCUCUGUUGUGAUCCACUAAAAAAGUGGAAUCUGAAGGUGUUUUUCUUAUAUAAAGGGCAGCAUAAGAUCUAAUACACAUUUGGCUCUGUUUUCAUCAAAUUUUGUCUGCUUACCUUUUUGCAUUUAGUACAGUGUUUAUCGGUUAUGUCCUCAGGGCUUUUGCAAUGAUUUUUAUUAGCAUUAAAUCAAUAUUUCAUUUAUGAUAAUUAUUAAGUCAAUUAUAUUAAGUAAUUUAAGUGUGAAAUAUAUAUCUUCAGCAAAUCACUCAGCAUACUGUACAUUUUAAAAGAGUUCCUGAGUUGGUUUUGUAUUUGUGGUCAGGUUAAAGCAAUGCACAUCAUUCUAAAACUGAAGUCAUUUGCCCUUUCCUGUCUCUGAUGUUUAUCAUUUAUUGUGUGUUUAAUGUUAUCCUUAGUUUCUUUGUGGUGUUUUUUUUAUCAUUGAAAUCUCUUUUAUAUAAGAAGUAAUUGUUUAAUGAAAUGUAUAAAUAAAGAAUCGUUAUAUACAGAA